UCCCCGGGCCCAGCGCGGUUCCCCCGCUGAGUUUCGAGGCCGGCGGCGACAUGAGCCGGGCACCAGCGUUCCUGGGCGCCGCGGAGGUGCAGGCACAUCUCCGCAGCGCCAGCCUCCUCAUCGAGCCUCUGGAGGUGGCUCUGGCCAACUUCUCCAGCGGCCCGGACGGAGGGGUCAUGCAGCCCGUGCGCACCGUGGUGCCAGUGACCAAGCACAGGGGUUUCCUGGGGGUCAUGCCUGCCUACAGCACCGCAGAGGACGCGCUGACCACCAAGCUGGUCACCUUCUACGAGGGCCACACCGCCUCCUCCAGCGUCCCCUCCCACCAGGCCACUGUGCUUCUCUUUGAGCCCAGCAAUGGCUCUCUUCUGGCGGUCAUGGAUGGAAAUGUCAUAACUGCAAAAAGAACAGCUGCAGUGUCUGCCAUUGCCACCAAGUUCUUGAAACCCCCCAGAAGUGAAGUGCUGUGCAUCCUUGGGGCUGGGGUCCAGGCCUACAGCCACUAUGAGAUCUUCUCAGAGCAGUUUUCAUUUAAGGAGGUGAGGAUAUGGAACCGCACCAAGGAAAAUGCAAAGAAAUUUGCAGACACUGUGGAGGGUGAUGUGCAGGUCUGUUCAUCGGUCCAGGAGGCCGUGGCUGGAGCAGAUGUGAUCAUCACAGUCACUAUGGCAACAGAGCCUAUUUUGUUUGGUGAAUGGGUGAAACCAGGGGCUCACAUUAAUGCCAUUGGAGCCAGCAGACCCGACUGGCGAGAGCUGGAUGACGAGCUCAUGAAACAGGCCGUGCUGUACGUGGAUUCCCAGGAGGCCGCCCUCAAAGAGUCUGGAGAUGUCCGGUUGUCAGGGGCUGAGAUCUUCGCUGAGCUGGGAGAGGUGGUGAAGGGUGUGAAGCCAGCCCACUGUGAGAAGACCACGGUGUUCAAGUCUCUGGGGAUGGCGGUGGAAGACACGGUUGCGGCCAAACUGGUGUUUGAUUCCUGGUCAUCGGGUCAAUAAGACGAAGAGACCUGUGCUGGGCAGCAGCCGACCACACAUGGCUUGUUGCCACGGCUGUCUCCUGAUUCCCAGAUCAAAUGAGGUACCCUAGCCCCAGUGAGUGAUAGGCGCCUGCUUAGAUCUUACCUUAAGAUGCGGGAUCCCCAUUUGUGUUUGUGGUUGGGGUGCACCGCCACGUGCUACUUCUGUUACUCCAGAUGAUAGUGUUACCCCUCCCCCUGGUAUUUCACUAACUUUUGUAAUUCCAAGAAAUAAAACAUUCUCUG